UGCUGUGAGUCAGGACGACAAUUUAAAAGUUGCCUAAAGGGGCCCACACCGUCUGUGUUGCUGCUGUCCAGUUGGAAGGGAAACUCAGGUUCUUGCCUACUGGCCAGAGCCCUUCACAGAAUGUCCCCCACCCCUGCCAAGCCCAGCUGCCCACUGCCCCUCCCCCUCUGCAGAAUGUCUGGGGUCCUAUGUUCUAAACCUAUUUACAUUCAAAUUUUCCCUGCUCCACUUGGACUCAGGAGCAUCUGCUGAGCCAGGUCACUCUCUGGGUCCUGCCCUUGACUUUUCUCAUUGCGGAAACUGCCAGACAGCAGUGGGCAGUGCCCAGCCUGAGGGGAUGGCUUCAAAUGGAGCAUACCCAGUGCUGGGACCGGGCGUGACUGUGAACCCUGGCACCUCCCUUUCUGUGUUCAUGGCUCUGCCCUUUACCACACCUGCUCCCGGCCCAGCACACGGGCCACCCCUCGUGACUGCAGCGGUUCCUCCCGGCGGCCCUCUGGUGCUGUCUGCCUUCCCCAGCACACCUCUGGUGGCAGGACAGGAUGGCCGCGGCCCGAGUGGGGCCGGGGCUCCCAACGUCUUUGUCCAGAUGUGGACAGAAGUGGGGCCUGUGAAGCCCCCUCAGGCACAGACCUUGGUCCUAACUCAGGACCCCGUCGUCUGGCAGGCUCCAGGCGCCCUCUGCGGAGGUGUCGUGUGUCCACCUCCCCUACUCCUGGCAGCUGCUCCUGGGGUGCCCAUUACAUCUGCCCAGGUGGUUGGGAGCACCCAGGCCUGUGAGGGAGGCUGGUCCCAGGGCCCUCCUCUUCCACCACCACCACCGGCUGCCCAGAUGCCUCCCAUCGUGCCCCCAGGGAACGCUGGGCCAUGGCCACAAGGGGCUCAUGGAGAGGGCAGCCUGGCUCCCUCCCAGGCCAAGGCCCCACCAGACGACUCCUGCAAUCCCAAGAGUGUCUAUGAGAACUUCCGACUCUGGCAGCGCUACAAGCCCCUGGCCCGGAGGCACCUUCCCCAGAGUCCUGACACCGAAGCGCUUUCCUGCUUCCUCAUCCCAGUUCUCCGAUCCCUGGCCCGGCGGAAGCCCACCAUGACACUGGAGGAGGGACUGUGGCGGGCCAUGCGGGAAUGGCAGCACACGAGCAACUUUGACCGGAUGAUCUUCUACGAGAUGGCGGAAAAGUUCCUGGAGUUUGAGGCUGAGGAGGAGAUGCAGAUGCAGAAAGCACAGUGGAUGAAGGGGCCCCAGAGCCUGCCUCCUCCAGCCCCGCCGAGGCUUGAACCUCGAGGACCCCCGGCCCCUGAGGUGGUCAAGCAGCCAGUGUACCUUCCCAGCAAGGCUGGCCCCAAGGCCCCGACUGCCUGCCUGCCACCACUCAGGCCCCAGUGGCCAGCGGAGGCCAAGGCCCACCUGUCGCCACCCAGGCCCCAGCGACCAGCAGAGACCAAGGCCCGCCUGCCACCACCCAGGCCCCAGCAGCCAGCGGAGACCAAGGCCCGCCUGCCACCACCCAGGCCCCAGAGGCCAGCGGAGACCAAGGCCCCUGAGGAGAUCCCCCCUGAAGUGGUGCAGGAGUAUGUGGACAUCAUGGAGGAGCUGCUGGGGCCUCCCCUCGGGGCCAUGGGGGAGCCCGAGGGAAAUUGGGAAGAUGGUGAAGUGGAGCAGCCACAGGAAGAGGAUGGGAUGACUCCAGACCCGGGCCUCCUGAGCUACAUUGACAAGCUGUGUUCCCAGGAAGACUUUGUCACCAAGGUGGAGGCCGUCAUUCACUCCCCAUUCCUGGAAGAACUGCUUUCCCCAGAUCCACAGAUGGAUUUAUCGGCCCUAAGCCAGGAGCUGGAGAAGGAAGAAGCACUCACACUUGCCCAGCUAGUGGAGAAGCGCCUCCUAUCCUUGAAGGAGAAACGGCGUGUGAGGGCAGCCCCUGGUCAUGGCACGGCCUGUUUGGACUCAAGUUCUUCUAAGUUUGCAGCUCGCCAAGGAGCAGAGAGAGACGCCCCUGACCCCCAACAAGGGGUCGGCGUGGAAACCUGCCCACCCCAGACGGCUGCCCAGGUCCCUCAGGGACAGGCCAGAGUGUGCACCGGCAUGGCCCGGUCCAAAGACCCUGCUGUGCUUUUGGGAUGUCAGGAUUGCCCCGGGCUGAGGGCUGCCUGGCCAACCUCUCCUCUGCAGGACCACAGACCCACCUGCCCCAGCCUGGGGACCAAGGACACCUUGGAUCAGCCUGGAGCCUCUCCUGUUAAGGAGUCACACAGGCUGGCUAAGGGGUCAAGUGAGGAGAGGGAACUUCCUGGCAUGGUGUAUGUCGUGGGUUCCCACCACAGGCUGCGGCCCUGGAGGCUAUCCCAGAGCCCUGUCCCUUCCUCAGGCCUUCUCAGCCUAGGAGGGCGGGGACCCCCGGGAGCUCUUCAGUCGCCAUCUGCUCAGAGGAGAGGCCUCAGCCCAGCACCCUCUCCUGUUACCAAGUCCAAGAAGCGACUUCUCUUCGGAAGCCCGUCCUCUGCUGAAAAGAUGCCCGACCCGGGGCCUGGGCUCAGGGUCUCUGGGGAGCAAUCCCUGGCUCCAGGGCGGGGUGGCCCCUCACAGUCUCAAAAGAGAAGGCGUGGCCCCUUGGUCUCCAGGAGGAAGAAAAAGCGGCAUUGUAGCCAGUAG